CACAAAAGUAAGAUUCUUGCUGGACUAAUUUAGCCAAUGUGCAUAUGACGACCCUCGCAAUCCUCCGAUUCUCCGUCGAAUUUCACCUCUAAUCACUCUCCCCUUCUCCGCGUCGCCUCCCUCCUUCCCCUCGACCUCCAACGAAGCCAACGAAGUCAAAAUGAAUGCGCAUAUGCAAUCGUCCUUAUCGAGCCUCGAAAGCAAACUGAACCUUCUUAUUACCAGCCUUACAACAUCCCCAACCGCCGCAGGUGCCCCAGCCGCAGCAAGCGCCGUCUUGGACGCGGAUGACUCGUUGACAUCGGCCGUCGAGACCCUCCGACAGCACCAAGAGAACUACGCCAAGAUCCUAAGACUCCGUGCGGAAGCUGAGAAUCUGGAGGAAAGAGUCAAGGGCAUUGUCAGUGAUGUAGAAACUCGCGAGAAGGAAAUUCGAACGAUUUGCGGCGACGCGGAAAACGAUACAGACUCAGAGGCCGAUGAUGAUAGCUCCGAUUACGACUCCGAUGAAGACAUGGAUAUGUCAAAGUCGCGAUCAAGGAUAAGGAUGAACAAGGAGGUGGAUUAUAAGCUACUGCUUGAUUUCGCCCGGCGUAUCAGCAAGUAUAAUCACCAGGCCGCGGCGGAUGCAGCAGCAGGAAUACCAGCGGCACAGAAGUUGAAGGACAAACGACAGCAAAUCACCGAGCAGGACGUCGCAAUGACAGGCGUCAACGGUGCUACAGAGACAGAAGAAGGAGCGGAGCCUGUCUCAUCGGUAACAAAAGAGGCAACGUCUUGGUUGGACGAGUCCGCAAACAUGACUCGCGAAAUCUACAUGCUACCAUACCCGGCCGAGGAUCGAAUCCGCAUGGGUCUCAUGGGUCAGGUACAACUUGCAGCUGCCGAGGGUCGUCCAGGCUUUGAUUCUGAUAAUGAGGUGGAACGACUGAUACGUGAAGCGGAGGGACAGGGGGCUGCGGAAGCUAUCGAACCGGCACAGCAGGGAGAUGAGCCUCGUCGGGUAGAUGAGGCUGCUCAGGCUGCUGCUCAUGCUGGGUCUGCUGCAACCAGUGGUGCGAAGAGUGGGCCCGCACCUGCUCCCAAACCGAAAGCCACGCUUGAUCUUGAUCUAUACGAUCCAGAGGACGACGAGAUGUGAUCACAGAAAUAUAUCAUCUUUGUAUUAUACCCACGAUUUUUACUCAAAGCGCUUUAGCGAUUGCAUAAUGGUCUAUCCUGACUCAUUCUCAUUUAAAACCAGUCACAUUUGUCAUGACUGAAUCUGGCAAUCUAUUUAUUUUGAAUGUUUUUUGAUAAACCUAUAAUUAUUAUCGCGUAUUUUAUCUAUUGCUGCAUCCCAGCGCGGGAGGUGUUACCAUGCCCUGCUUUGUUGGCAAUGUUGGUCGCUUCCAGAAUGGAUUCUUAAAAGCUGGAUACUGUUACCGGCAAUGAAGUUCCAAAAUGAUAUACCGGGAUAACUGGUUCUCCAUGGAAUGACUUUCUGUUAUGCUUCUUAAUAUUUUAUCUUGAGAAGCUGCGAAUGUCCAGUGAGUGAAGUUUGUACAUGCCUUUUCGAGUUUGG